AUGAUGUUAACUAAACGUUUGUUAUCUUUUAAAAUUAAUAACCAAAAGGAAUUAUUCAGAUUUUUUUGUAGCUCUAAUAAUACCUUGGAGACAAUAAAAUUGAAUCAAAUUCAAUGGCCCAAAGAAUAUAGUGAUUCUCCGUUGGAACCCAAUGUUACAAAUGUGUCUACUAUAAGUCCAGCAUUACGUCCUACAUUUAAUCUAGCUGCAUAUGUUAAUGAAUCCUAUUCAUUACAGCAGUUGGUUAAACUUGGUGUUGAACUUUACAAAUUUGACAGUAAUCCUAAAAUAAUGGAAACGAUACUAAAGUUGGAUUUUGAACGUGAUAUGAAACCAUACAUCAGAUUUAUACAUGAUAUUGGAGUACCAACUGAAGAAAUGGGAAAAUUUUUCACUAAAAAUCCUUUGUUAUUCGCUGAACACAUGGAUGAUUUAAUAACUCGGAUUAAUUAUCUAGAGCACAAAAAUUUCAAUAAAGAAAUGAUUACUACAAUAAUUCGAAAACAUCCACAAUGGUUAUCACACAGCACAGUUGACAUUGAUACAAGUCUUGGAUUUUUCCAAAAUAAAUUCUAUCUUUCUGGAGACAAUGUUCGUAAUUUAGUUACUAAAUUACCAAAAUUGAUUACUUGGCCAAAGAAAUCAGUGAAUUUAAUUAUGUUUUCUCUGAAUGAAGAAAUGGGUUUUAAUAGGAGUGAAAGGAAAAGAUUGUUAUUAAUCCAGCCUAAAUUAUACACUAUGUCUAAAAAUCAUUUAUUACAACGCUUCGACUAUAUACAUAACACUAUGAACAUAAAUCAUGAUCGCAUUGUCCUUGAACCUCAAGUGUUAUCCUGUCGUUUAUUCAGAAUCAAACAGCGGCAUGAAUAUCUAAAAUAUUUAAAUCGAGUACAAUACGACCCAACAAAGCCCAAUUAUGUGUCACUUUUAAAGUUAGUUUCCGGAACUGAUUCAGAGUUUUGUUUAAAUAUUGCUAAAACUAGUGUAGAAAUGUUUAAUAGCUAUUUAAAAACUAUUCAAUAA